AUGACCACCAUUAUUCCUCCAAUCAUGCCUGAUAAAAAAUCUUCUACUACUGCUCCCUCGUCUCCAGUGCACAUUAGGGUUCCUCUGAACACACAUCCUUCCCAUUUGUUGACACCCGGGGCAACCUAUGGAGCAAUCUUGGAAGACAACAAUAGCAGCAGCUUUUACUUUAGUGCGCAUGGCGACUCACAUCAAGGAUCUCCUUUUUCGCUUCGAGACCACUUGGAGUCCUUUGCAGGCUCAUAUUCUUGGGCAUCUGCCUUGUACAUGGCAGAGAACCUUAGCAUUGCAGCGCCUUCUAAACCUGCGUCUCGACAUGGCGAAGAUUUCCUGGAAGAAGCCAUAGCAGAGGAAGAACAGAGCAAAGCAAAGCUAUUGCCACUCGAUCAUACACUGACACAAACAUUGUCGCUCCAUGGGUUCCCUCAACUGUCUCGUCCUACCACUGUGGCUUCCAUAAUGUCUCAACAGUUCCAUGUCAAUUCCUCUAUACCAGCGGUAGCCGUGCCUAGAAAAUCAACGUUUGUGCAGUCUGUAUUCAACUCUGUCAAUGUCUUGGUAGGUAUUGGUGUUUUGGCUUUACCACUGGCAUUCCGUUGUGCAGGUUGGUUGUUUGGUUCCUUGAUCUCCAUGUUCUGUGCCUUGUCGACAAACUACACAGCCAAGGUAAUUGCUCAUUGUCUGGAUGCUUGGCCUAAUUCCACAACGUAUGGUGAUAUGGGAGCAGCUGCGUUUGGUGAUAGAGUAAGAACAUUUGUCAGUGUCGUAUUUGUUGUGGAGUUGAUGACCAUCGGUGUGGCAAUGGUGGUAUUGCUAGGAGAUGGUAUCGAGUCUCUAUUUCCCUCAGUGGAUAUGAUAGCACUCCGCAUUGCGUCCUUUGUGAUCCUUACUCCCAUGCUAUUCUUGUCCAUCAGAAAGCUGGCUUAUACCAGUCUCAUUGGUACCAUCAGCUGCGCCUGCUUGGUCACUAUCGUCAUCUACGACGGCCUCUCCAAAAAAGGAAAAACCUGGAAGCUUAUUAAACCCCAUGGUAAGAGAGCAACCGAGGUGAUUCCCUCUGAAAUAUACAAUCUCCCUUUGAGCUUUGGGCUAAUGAUGUCUGGCUUUUCGGGACACGCGGUAUUUCCAGCCAUUUAUCGAGACAUGGAGAACCCCAAACACUAUGAAACAAUGGUCAACUUGACCUAUGUUAUUACAAUGGGUGUUUAUAUCACAAUGGCAAUUGCUGGUUACAUGAUAUUUGGGUUGGGAACAAUGCAGGAGAUCACUCAAAAUUUGGCUGCAACGCCUGGAUACUCAAAAUGGGUUAACCGUCUAGCCAUUUGGCUCAUUGUGCUGACACCUAUUGCAAAGUAUGGCUUGAUGAUGAAUCCUGUGUGUUUGACGUAUGAGUUGUGGACGACAGGUUACGCUCAUGUUGAGGCGUGGUGCAAGUUUCAUCGCUGGAGACGACAGUUCAUCACUGGCUCUGGUAAAGUCAUUGUGAGUCUGCUAGUCAUUUUGAUUGCAACAGUCUUUCCUGGAUUUGAUCGAGUGAUGGUGAGUGUGCGUAUGCGAAACACUUACAACUGCUAA